CGCGAAGAAUGUGUGGCACACCUAAAGCAGGUAGCAGUUUAGGUGGGCAGAAAGGCAUGGAUAUAUACUGUACUCCGUAGUAAGAUGAUCUUAUCUCGGGGGUUUAUGUAUUCUUCCGCAUCCUUAGACCAUCUCCCAACGCAAGGCGGUCAAAUCUCAACAUCAAUCCGAUGUCAACUAUCCACCAUGCAGGCCACGUCCGAAGUGACAUCGCUCUCCGAUAUCGUGCUGCACCAUCGUGAGCUUUUAGUGAACCCGUUAUUCUGGACCUCUCGUCACCUGGACGCCCUGGGAUGCCGAUUCCGGCACAUUGACAAUGCCACGACGAAAGAAACCUGCGACGGCCAUAGAGCGAGUCAACGGACGAAUGAUAACCACACAUCUUCUGGUAAAAAGUGGAUGAGGAUGAGUGAUGCAGAGAUGCUUGCCACAAGUGCCGUGCCUUCAGUGAAAUACCACAUCCUUUGUCGCUUUCUUUUACACGAAGGAAGCGUCUUCAAUAAGCGAACCAAAGGUCCCCACUUUCUUUUUGCUGGCCGUCCGGUUCAUCGGCCCCAGUACACCGUGUUCUACCGCCGUCAUCAGCACAGCCCAUCUGGCCAAGAUUUUCAACCAUUGCUCGGUUACUUGGACUACUUGGACGUCACUAGUUUUCGGGUGAGGAAUAGAGGCUAUAGCACUGAGAGCACGCAUUCCUUUGCAAAAGGGUCAUCACACAUUGCUCCCAAUGAAUGGACAGACGAUCCAUAUUUUAUGUGUGUCUUGCUAUCUAUUGCACAGCUUCAGGAGCGCCUUGCCAGAAAUUCAUCACCAACAAGUCAUACGGUAUGUUCUUCUAUCGAGCUAUAGCUAUUUCUUCUCGUUGUCCAUAUGAGACCCAGACUCACGCAUAUUAG